AUGCGCCUCUUUUCUCCCGCCCUAGCAGCGCUUGCUGCCUCCGCCUCUAUCCCGCUUGCACUCUGCUCUGCUCCGACGCCCCUUCACGAAGCCGGUCGAUGCGCCAUCCGUGGCCACUGUGGAAAACAGGGCUUCUUCGGCUCUGAUCUACCCUGUCCGGACAAUGGAAAGGCCGAGUCGCCCUCGGACGUGGUGCGCGAAAAGCUGGUCAAUCUAUGCGGGGCGAAAUGGCAAGACACCGACGUCUGUUGCAACGAGGAGCAAGUGGAUGCCCUGCAAAAGAACCUGAAACUGGCUGAACGAAUCAUCGCGUCGUGUCCUGCGUGCAAGGAGAAUUUCUUCAACAUAUUCUGCACCUUUACCUGCUCUCCUGAUCAAUCGUUGUUCGUCAACGUCACCGAUAUCGGCAAAGCUUCUAAUGGCAAGGAUGUGGUCACCGAGCUGGAUAAUAUAUGGUCAAAAGACUACCAGAGUGGCUUCUAUGACAGCUGUAAGGAGGUCAAGAAUGGCGCGAGUGGUGGCAAGGCUAUGAGUUUCAUCGGAGGUGGCGCAACCAACUAUACCGAGUUUCUCAAGUUCCUGGGUGACAAGAAGUUACUGGGCAGCCCGUUCCAGAUCAACUUCCCCGAGGAGCCCCGGGCUGGAAACAACCAGGGUAUGGAGGCCUCUGACCCUCGUGUCUAUGCCUGCAACGACACCGAUCCCAAGUUUCGCUGCAGCUGCGUCGACUGCCCAGAGGUUUGCCCAACUCUAGAGCCGGUCAGUUCAGUUAAUUACUGUCAUGUCGGAAAGCUUCCGUGUCUCUCUUUCGCCGUCAUCAUCAUCUACUCGAUCGGCCUGCUACUCCUUGUUGUGGCUAUUUCCGGACAUGUGGCGUAUCAACGACAUAAGAAGUGGAAGAGCGAGAGGCUUCAGCUGCUGCAGGAUUCCGCUCCGAGCGACGACGAGGACGAGGGCGAGCUGGUCAACAAUGCGGGCAUUCUUGACCGGCCACAGAGAAACUAUUACCUCAAUCAGAUCUUGGACCAGGCGUUCCAUGCACUGGGCGGAUUCUGCGCCCGCUACCCAGCCUUGACCAUUGGGACAAACAUUGUCGUGAUUGGACUGCUCAGUCUUGGAUGGCUCAGAUUCGAGGUCGAGAGGGAUCCAGUCCGUUUGUGGGUCAGCCCGAGCUCGGAUGCAGCGCAAGAGAAAGCCUUCUUCGACGAGAACUUCGGCCCAUUCUACAGGACAGAGCAAGCUUUUCUCGUCAAUGAUUCGUCCCCAGACAGCACCGUCUUGAGCUACGACACGCUCGACUGGUGGUUCGACGUUGAACAGCGCAUUUCACGCAUGAUGUCCCCUGAGCAGGGGAUCCAACUGGACGACGUGUGUUUCAAGCCCACGGGUUCUGCCUGUGUGGUCCAAUCUGUGAGCGGAUGGUUCGGCGCUGGCUUGAUGGAUGACUGGAAAGCACAAAUCGAGCAUUGUGCAGCCCAUCCCGGUGACCAGAUGUGCCUCCCCGAAUUCAUGGACCCUCUCCAGCCGGGACGAGUUCUUGGUGGUUACGCAAGUAUUGACGAUGUCGCCGAAGCAAAGGCACUGAUCACGACAUGGGUGGUCAAUAAUGAUCAGCCCGGUACCGAGGCGGAGGCUAGGGCUGAGGAAUGGGAGCGAGCUCUCAAGCAUGACUUGCUCAUUUACCAAGAAUCAGCCAAAGCACGCGGCCUGCGCCUCUCCUUCAACACCGAGAUCAGUCUCGAGGAGGAGCUCAACAAGUCGACCAACACCGAUGCCAAAAUUGUCGCCAUCAGCUAUGUUGUCAUGUUCAUUUACGCCUCCCUUUCUCUGGGCUCGACAACGCUGUCCCUGAGGUCGCUUCUUAGUAACCCCGCCAAUGCGUUUGUUCAAUCUAAAUUCACUCUGGGUGUUGCCGGCAUCCUGAUCGUACUGAUGUCAGUCUCUGGAUCGGUCGGCCUCUUUUCUGCGGCAGGGGUUAAAGUCACGCUUAUCAUUGCCGAAGUCAUUCCAUUCUUGGUUCUCGCUGUUGGCGUGGACAACAUCUUCUUGAUUGUCCACGAGUUCGAACGUGUCAAUGUCAGCCACCCAGACGAAGAGAUUGAUGUGCGUGUUGCAAAAGCCCUGGGCAGAAUGGGACCCAGCAUUCUCCUGUCGGCUUCCACCGAGACGAUUGCCUUCGCGAUGGGGGCAUUUGUGGGAAUGCCCGCAGUCAAGAACUUCGCGGCAUACGCCGCAGGUGCUGUAUUCAUCAAUGCGCUGUUGCAGGUCACCAUGUUUGUUUCUGUCUUAGCGCUUAAUCAAAGAAGAGUCGAGAGUCUCCGGUCAGACUGUUUUCCUUGUGUCACAGUUCGGGGAGCCAAUUCAACGGGCAUGCCUGGUGGCCAUUUCUUUGGCAGUGACGAGGAAGGCUGGCUGCAACGGUUCAUCCGCAAAGUCUAUGCACCAGGUCUGUUGGACAAAAAGGUCAAGACGUUGGUUGUUACCUUUUUUGUAACCCUCUUCGCCGCCGGGGUUGCACUCAUACCGAGAGUGCAACUUGGACUCGAUCAGCGCAUCGCCCUCCCUGAGGAUUCCUACAUGAUCCAGUAUUUCAACGACCUUUAUGACUAUUUUGGAUCUGGACCACCGGUAUAUUUUGUCACCCGACAUCUCAACGUGACGGCGAGGGAGCACCAGCAGGAACUCUGCGGCAGAUUCACCACUUGCGACGAGUAUUCGCUGGCGUAUAUUCUAGAGCAAGAGUCGAAGCGUCCGAAUGUCAGCUAUAUCAACUCUGCCACCGCCAGCUGGAUCGAUGACUUUUUCUACUGGCUCAACCCAAUUUCGGAUUGUUGCAAGGAUGAAAACGGCGACACCUGCUUCGGCGAAGAUGACUGGAAUGUCACCCUCUCAGGCAUGCCUGAAGGGGAUGAGUUUGUCUAUUAUGCUAAGAAGUGGGUUCACGCUCCAACCGAUGAGGAAUGUCCCAACGGAGGACAGGCCGCUUACUCGAACGCCGUGGUCAUCGACAAGGAUCAUGUCGACAUCCCGGCAAGUCAUUUCCGAACAUUCCACACACCUCUGCAAGGCCAAGCCGAUUUUAUCAAUUCCUAUGCCGCAGCCAGGCGGAUAUCAGAUGAUAUUUCCGCACGCCACAAUAUCGACGUGUUCCCUUACAGCAAACACUAUAUUUUCUUCGAUCAGUAUAGCAGCAUUGUUCGCCUGACUGCGACACUUCUCUGUGUGGCUGUUGCGAUCAUUUUUGUCAUUUCUUCAUUGUUGCUGGGCUCGCUACUGACGGGAAUCAUUGUGGCGGGGACGGUCGUCAUGAUCGUGGUGGAUAUCAUCGGUGUCAUGGCGGUGGCUGGUGUCUCCCUCAAUGCCGUGUCGCUUGUGAACUUGGUUAUUUCCGUGGGCAUUGGUGUCGAGUUUUGUGCACACAUUGCCCGGGCGUUCAUGUUCCCCAGCAAGUCGAUCAUGGAGCGAGCAAGGCACAAGUUCCGAGCCAGGGACAUUCGGGCGUGGACAGCAUUGGUGAAUGUGGGCGGGAGCGUCUUCAGCGGCAUCACCAUCACAAAGUUUGUGGGCGUGGUUGUGCUGGCAUUCACCAGGAGUAAGAUCUUUGAGGUGUAUUACUUUCGCAUUUGGCUGGCGCUUGUGAUUCUCGCGAGCAGCCACGCGCUGGUGUUUUUACCCGUGGCGUUGAGUUUCUUCGGCGGUGACGGCUACAUUGAUCCCGAGAGCGAAGGAGGGCUGGAAGAGGACCUCGCCAGUCGACGAUACCGGAGCCUGCUCCCCGAUGACGAUUACUACGAUUCAGAGGAUGAGUGA